UUUAAAUGAAACUUGGAUUUCAUCGAAGGGUUUCUGAUUUGGUCUAAAUGAAAUUCCAGAUAUCAAAUAAGGAUAGUUUAAGGAGAUUCUUUUAGAGGUUUCUCUGGGGCAUUUCGUCGAAUGGCUGGUAAGAUACCUGGACUCGAAGUCGCUCGUCGGAGGAGGUUCCAUGGAGGUACUGGGUGGUCUGAUUCUUCGUUUACCAUCAAUUCUGCUCUUGGGUAUACACGAAGCAGAGUUUCUUACCAUACCCAUCUCACCUCCACUCCUUGCUCGCAUAGAAGCUCAGAUGAAGAUGGGAAGCUAGGAUGUGUAGCAAGAAAAGCCAAACAAAGACUUGAUGGAAAGCUCAGAGGCCACUGGAAAUCUGAAAUAAGCAGCCAAGAAAAGUCAGAAAUUGGGACAAAGCCAAGUACUUGUAUGGAGGUGGGAGAUAUGCAAAUGGAGAUUUUUGGUUUGAAAAAGAGUGGAUCAAAGAGAUUUAGUUGGGGUAUCUUAGGGUUGAAUUGGAAGUCUUCGGAUCAAAAUGAGUGUGCGGUUUGUUUGGAAAAAUUCAAGUUCAAUGAGAAGUUGACUCGUAUGCCUUGCGCACAUAGGUUUCAUUCCAUGUGUUUGUUACCUUGGUUGAAGAGCAAUGCACAUUGCCCUUGUUGUAGAACAAGUGUUUUGGGUUCGAAUUGAUUUAUUUAGUUGUUUGUAGUUUAUAAUCUAGCUUUUGUAGUAUUAAUCUUGUAACGUUUGUGAGU